AUGUCAGUUCUUAUAAAAUCCGCAAAUAUUGUCGGAUUUUUAGCAUUAGUAGCUAUAGCAAUCUUUGUAGUACUUCAAAAUUUAAAUUAUUUCUCAAUUAGUAAUAGUCAAAAUACAGAAAGUGGUAAUGCGACUAAUACUACUGAAACUUAUCUCACACCUCCAGUAUAUACUUUUGGGGUUUGGUUUUUGAUUUUCCCGUUACUUCUUGGUUUCAUUAUCUACCAAUGGUUCGAUGGAGAUGAUGGUGCUGUAGUUAAUGCUUUAGUUAUUCUAUCAAUUGUUGGUUUAUUCAUGGUUGAUUUUUGGUGCCAUGACAAUAUUUUUGCUUUUACUAUUAUCUGGAUAUUAAUCGGUGUUGCUAUUAAUAAUGUUGAAAAUUUGCCUGUGUAUACAGUCUCUUUGGCCGGAAUUGGAUUAAUUAGUGGUGGCAUUUUUAGAAAUUGGUUUAAAUUUUCAAGAGAAUGGUAUAGUGCUUUCAAUUUCGUCGAAACUGGUGGUGGUAAUGAACAUGAUACACGUUACAGAAGUUAUAGAACUGAUGAACCUUUUGGUCCAAGUGGUCAUUAUAUGACAGAACUUUAUAGUAAUCCAUAA